AGUCUGGCGCUGAUGCCCUGGAGCUGAAUCUAUCAUGUCCUCAUGGAAUGGGGGAGAGAGGAAUGGGGCUCGCCUGUGGGCAGGAUCCAGAGCUGGUGUGGAACAUCUGUCUGAGGGUUCGGCAGGCUGUUCAGAUCCCGUUCUUUGCCAAACUCAACUCUAAUGUGACCAAGAUCGUGGACAUUGCCAAGGCUGCACAGGAAGGUGGAGCAGAUGGCAUCGCAGCCACCAACACGGUUUCGGGGCUGAUGGGACUCAAGGCAGACGGCUCUCCCUGGCCUGGCAUCGGCCGAGGAAGGCGCACCACAUAUGGUGGAGUGUCUGGUGAGUGUCACCCACCUCACUGGAUCCAUUUCUUUCUCCUCUGA